UAGCCCGGUCGGGGCAUUUCCGGGAAGUGGACUGGAGGGUUAAGAGAGCUUGCUGUACGGUGACCAGUGCCGGGAGCGGUUGGUGAAUUGUUGACUGCGGGGAAGGUUUGUGAAGUGACGCCAAGAUGUCAGAAAGAAAAGUCUUAAAUAAAUACUAUCCACCAGAUUUCGAUCCAUCAAAAAUCCCCAAACUCAAGCUACCCAAAGAUAGGCAGUAUGUGGUGAGAUUGAUGGCCCCAUUCAACAUGAGAUGUAAGACAUGUGGUGAAUAUAUUUAUAAAGGCAAGAAAUUUAAUGCCCGAAAGGAGACAGUACAGAAUGAGCUAUAUCUGGGGCUGCCCAUUUUUCGUUUCUAUAUCAAGUGUACCCGUUGUCUAGCUGAGAUCACCUUCAAAACUGACCCAGAGAAUACGGAUUAUACCAUGGAACAUGGAGCCACCCGGAACUUCCAGGCUGAGAAACUCCUGGAAGAGGAAGAGAAAAGGGUUCAAAAGGAAAGAGAAGACGAAGAAUUAAAUAAUCCCAUGAAGGUGCUGGAGAAUCGAACUAAGGACUCCAAGCUAGAGAUGGAGGUCCUGGAGAAUCUGCAGGAACUAAAGGAACUCAACCAGCGCCAGGCAAAUGUGGACUUUGAGGCAAUGUUACAGCAGUAUCGGGUAUCAGAAGAAGAAAAACGCCAGCGAGAGCAGGAGGAAGACCAAAGGGAAAUGGAGGCCAUGAUGGAACAGUCUAGGAAACGGCGACUGAUUGAAGAUUCUGACUCCGAUGAAGAGCCCAUCCUUGUACCUUCCCAGCUAUCCAUUCGGCCCAAACCCACAGCCAUCUUAGAAGAGGGCCCACCGCUAAAGAGGCAGAAGUUGGAGAGCUGGGAUCGGAGUGUGGGUGCACUUGCUAGCAAGUCAAAGCUGGCAGGCCUGGUUGUGGCAAAGAAGCCAGUUGCCCAGAAACCCAGCAGCAGCAAUGGGCAUGUAGGCUCUCCUACCCCAAGUACAGGCAUACUGCAGAGUUUGAAGGAGGCUGAUACAUCAUCGCUCAGGCUGCCCAGUUCCUCCUCCCUGAGCCAGCUGGGGGCGUACUCAGACAGUGAAGAUAGCAGCAACAGCGGCUGAAGCAUCAGCCCCUCCCCAUGGAGGGAGGCCUCAGACCUUCCGGGCCCCUCCCCAGUGGGGCCUGAUGGUGGAGCCAGGCUGGAGUGGAUUUAUUUCUUUGUGCAUCCCGAAAAGAAGGACUGAGGCAGAAGCACCACUGCCUGAGGCUCUAUCUAGUGAGCUGGGGUCCUCUCCCCACUUGUUAGCUGCCCAGAAACUGAGUGCCCCUCUCUAGGCCGGAUUCAGUGCUGAGGCACGCUUCCAUCUGAAUCUUCCCUCUUUAGAAAGUGGCAGCUGAAGAUCUGCCAUCCAUCUCUAGCAGAGUGCCCCCAUAACAGCAAGGAUGGGCCUGCUUCCUUUGCUCAUCAGGCCCAGGUGGCCAGAGGAGAAUCAGUGGGGAGACAAGGCGUUACCUCUUGCAUCCCUGAAACUUUAGGGCCUUUUCCUCCCUGACAGCCAGAGCUCAAUUUGUGGCUGGUGUGGCAUUCAUCACGUACCUCACAGAGUGGUACUUCAUCAAUGUUUAGUGCCGACUUAGCAUGUGUGGUAGAUUGCCCUCCCCUUUGCCCCACACCAAGACUACCUGGGAUGGCACUUGAACCUUUGGGAAUUGGAUCUAAGAUAUACAGUGCCCUCUCACGACAGGCAUCUUCUUUUCCCCUCUACAUCCUGCCCCAGACUGAAAUACCAGAUAGGCAGAUUCCAAGGCCAGCAAUGCUGCUACUGAUCAAAUCAGGCCAAACCAGACGGUCCCCCUUUCCUCUUCUCCCCUCCAGUCUCAACACCCCACCUGAUUUGUAUCUGUCAUUCUAAACCAAAUAAAGGAAAAUAAAUGGA